AUGCUGCUAAACACCCAUCAGGCCCAGGCGGUGUAUGCCCCCGCCCAAGGGCGGCUCCAGAUUCUUGCUGGACCCGGUACCGGCAAAACCAAAGUCAUCGUGGCCCGGGUUGCCCAUCUCAUCGAUGAGGGGAUCCGGCCUGAAGAUAUCAUUGUGACCACGUUCACCCGCCGAGCCACCGACGAGAUGAAGGAGCGACUAGCUCAAAUCACGGGCCAGGCAGCAGUGGAUCGGCUCCAGAUCGGGACGUUCCACUCGCUUUGUUGGCGGUUUCUCCGCAAAUGGCUGAUGCGACACCGGGAGUAUAGUGUGGUGCUGGAACGCAACCGGUCAGCUUUGAUCAAGAGGGCGAUGGCUGAGCUUGGUCUUGUCAAGAAGAAGCGGUCUAACGAAAGUGGAGAUAGCGACGACCAUGUAUUUACCCCGCUGGAGUACAGUCGCUAUAUCUCCAAGAUGAAGAGUUUUGGCCCUGAAUCGCCCGAGUUUGACAGGGCGAAAGUACAAGAUGACCAGGCGUUAGUUAAUGUCUACGGACGGUACCAGUCGUUGAUGGAUGCCCACCGCUACUUAGACUAUGAUGACCUUUUAGUCGAAUGUUAUCGCAUGUUGAAACAGAGAAAUCAUCUCAAAAACAUCAAGCACGUGCUUGUGGACGAGUUCCAAGAUACAAACGACAUUCAGCUUGAACUCACAUACUUAUUCGCUCGAGGAGACGAGCUGGCACUGGGACACAACGUGUCCAUUGUCGGUGACCCCGACCAACUGAUCUAUAAGUUCCGCAAUGCCCGAGUCGAAAACUUUGAGCGGAUGAAAGAGCACUACCAGCUGCUUGGCGUGUCUACGGUGUGGUUGACGGUAAACUACCGGUCGACCCAGGGCAUUUUGAACUUCUCCGAGGAGGCGAUGUGUGCUCACUGGUCGAACCGAGAGAAGCGAGUGCUCAAGUCGCUGACGAACUACCUGUACAAGCCUGUGUUUCAGUGUGCUCGAGAUCGGUUUUGCGAAGCCAAAUGGGUCGCCAGCAAUAUCGAAGCGUUGUGCUCUAAGCUCAAGUUAUUCACUUACGGUCAGGUGGCCAUCAUCGUGCGCUUUAAUUACAUGGUGAGGGAGAUUGAGAACCAGUUGCUGAAGCAGCGUAUUCCGUAUAAGAUGGCCAACGGCAAGAAGUUAUGGGAACGGCCAGAAGUGGUAGCCCUCAUCGACUAUUUCGUCCUCAUAUGUCGCGACGACCCGCUCCUGUUUUUGGCGUUGGCUGAGUUGAAACGUGGGAUCGGCAAACAGCUGGUGGACCAGAUAAAGCUGAUGGUGGACCAGAUGACCACCGCAUCAUCACAAUCGCUGUUUUCGCUCGAGAAAAUUGAACAGAGAUUGCCGCAUAAAUUGAGUAAAAAGCUCCACUCGUUGUUUCGAUUCAUUGAGGAAGCUCGACGUAUGCUUAAAGAAGAGAAGUUUGAUCCUCAUAAGUUCUUCACGUUUGUAUUGGACAAGCUGGGAAUCCGUCGUGAUUUCAACGUUGACGAAGCUAACGACGACGACGAUAUCAAAAUCACUUCAGUGGUAAAGCUUGAGCCCAGCGAUACCGAAGAAGACGACGAUAAGGAAGAGGAAGAGACUAAACGUCGCGACCGCAUCAGCAGCCACUGGGACCAAGUGGCGCAGCAGUUCCUCGUUUUCGAGCCCGAUCCCAUCCUCUUGGAGGACUUUGACGAUGAUUUCCUCACCCAGUUCCUCGAUAGCAUUGGCCUCUACAUGAUGGCGGAGGAAGAUGAAAAACAGCCUAAAGUUACCAUUACCACCAUCCACGGGGCCAAAGGAUUGGAGUGGCCCGUGGUAUUCAUUCCGGGGAUUGUUGACGGCAGUUUCCCUCGCCACAGCAACGCCGAAGAGCUAGACGAAGAGCAGCGGUGUUUCUACGUUGCGUUAACUCGUGCCAAGUCAUUACUCUACCUUCUGGCCUAUGGGGCCAAGCGCCAAGAGGGAGACCGCUACCCCAGUGGCCCGUCACAGUUCCUAGACCUGAUGAGCGAGUUCUACUCAGAGACGAUUGAGGCGUUGGAUGACCCGCUGCAGUUGUGCACUGCGCUCGGGUGUCCUGUUCCCAAAAACGCCGACGAAUUGGUCAAGUCCAUCCACGAGUAUAAUCGCAGUCUCUGCUUGGAUAAGGAUAUCGAGAACAACCGCUUCAUCACCGCUGGCUCGUUAGUGGGGUCAAAACAAAGGGGAGGUAACCGCCAACAAUGGUGGAACCGCAGCGGCUCAUUCAAAGGGUCUAAAGCACCCCCGGGCAAAGCCAGCCGCAGUCUGUCGAUGACGGAAAACACUAACAUCGCCCCCGUGGCUCCAGGAAAGGCUCCCACCUACGUGUACCAGCGUCCGGUGCGGCCUAAGCUCGCCGGCCGGUCAAUCUCUCGCGCCCCUCGCUAG